GAAAUUUUUAGAAACAGGAAACUGUUUCAUUCUCUGAAUGUAAUGGUUGUUUGUGGGCCAUCCCUCCAGAUCCUUUCCCUGAAUGCAAAGUUUCCAGGAAACUCCCAUGAUGCGUAUGUCAUUAGACAAUCAGGGAUAUGGCACAGAUUAAGAUCAAGUCAACGAGCAGACAUGUGGUUAUUGGGAGACCGUGGAUAUCCUUGCACCCCCUGGCUCAUGACUCCUUACCGUAAUCCCAGGCCAGGACCACAGACGGCAUUUAACUCCGCGCUUACUGCCACUAGGCAGCUGGUGGAGCGCACAAUUGGGGUCCUUAAAGGCCGGUUUCGUGUGCUCCACCGCACUGGUGGCGACAUCAUGUAUUCGCCGGAGAUGGCAAGUAAACUAGUGGUCCUGUGCGCUAUACUACACAACAUCGCGGUAAGGAGUAGCGUAGAGCUUCCUCAGACAGAGGAAUUGCCUGAUGAGGAGCCAGGGGUUGUCCGACACUUCGGUGGGGGGAGUGUUACACGGAGGGGGAGCGAAGUCAGGGCAAGCAUUGUUGCAGAAUAUUUCAGCUGAAUGAUCACACAAACUGUGGACGACCACAACGGCAAAGACAGCCAGUGAGCCCACAUCAGGCAGCUUCUCAGCCCCCUUCCCCUUCUCACUCCCCCUCCACUUCCCAGUCCCCCUCCCCUUCUCACUCCCCCUCAACUUCCCAGUCCCCCUCCCCUUCUCAC